UCGCCUUGGCAACACAGGCAUAAGGGGCGGGCACAAGAGAGUGGCAGCCAAUUGUGCGGGGCGGGCUCGACGCGAAGAGCCAAUGGCGAUGCCACUAGGAUCCCCUCAGAAGGGCGAGGCGGCGGCGGCGGCCUUGAAAAAGAGCGAGGAGCCGGCUGUCCUGGCCAUGGCGGCGCAGCUACGAAGGGGUCUGUUGAGUUGUGGCCUGUGAAACUCUCCGCCACUGGCUUGGUGGCAGCGUGUGGCGAACCGGCUUUCCUUCUUCUUGGGCUUGGGCUCCACUCGAGCGUGGCUCCAACUGCACGUGUGCAUGAGAUGCCAAACCAUCUGAAGAAAGACAUGAUAGUAGAUCAUGGCAAGACCCGCAGCCUGUUGAAUGGUCCGCGGGGGCCUCUGCAAGAAAUCAGCAACAGGAAUGUGAUCCAAAGACCCAAAGGAUUCAAGGAUCCCAGUUCAUUCUCUAUGGAAGUGGAAUUGUGCCAAGCCUUUUCUGAGAUGCUGCGGGGCAAUAUAGAAGAUAUUGAUGCUGGUGACAGGGAGGACCCCCAGAUGUGCAGUGACUACGUGAAGGAUAUCUACCAAUACCUGAGGCAACUGGAGCUCCAGCAGCGUGUCUUUCCCUUCUACCUUGAUGGCACAGAGAUCAAUGGUCGGAUGCGAGCCAUUCUUGUUGACUGGCUGAUCCAGCUCCAUGCAAGGUUCCAGCUUCUGCAGGACACUCUCUACAUGUGUGUGGCCAUCAUAGAUCGCUUCUUGCAAGCUCAGCUUGUCUCCCGCAAGGAACUCCAGUUGGUCGGUGUUACUGCGAUGCUUCUGGCUGCAAAAUAUGAAGAGAUCUAUCCACCAAGUAUUUUGGAUUUUGUCUACAUGACCGACCGAGCAUACACACCAACUCAGAUCCGGGCAACGGAGCAGAAGAUCCUUAAGGAGCUUAACUUUGCCUUAGGAAGACCGCUACCACUCCACUUCCUGAGGCGAAUAGCCAAAGUUUCUGAUGCAUCUGCUGAAUCGUACCUGCUAGCAAAGUACCUCAUGGAGCUGACCCUUUUGGACUACAAUAUGGUGCAUUAUAAUCCUUCAGAGGUUGCAGCUGCAGCGAUUUGCCUGUCUCGGAAGGUCUUCUCAGAAGGCCAGUGGAACCCCAAGCUGUGCUAUUACACUGGAUAUGAAGAGGAGAGUCUUACUCCUGUUAUGGAGCACAUGGCCAAGAAUGUUGUCAGAGUCAACAGGAAUCUAACAAAACACCUUGCUGUCAAGAACAAAUAUUCUAGCAGCAAAUUCCUGAGGAUCAGCACUAUCCCUCAGCUGAACUCCAGCACCAUUAAAGACUUUGCAGCGCCUUUGCUGGGUGAAGCCAGGCAGCUGAUGUGAGCACUGCCCAAUCAUUACAUUGAAGAAAAUAUGCCUUUUUUGGAUGUGGCCUUCUGGAGGUCUUUUUAAGGUGGAUGCUUUAGAGUUGCUCUUAAACUAAUAUUCCAUUUUCUUGUACAUAAUAAAGAUAUUGUAAAAAAAACACUCCUUUUACAAAAACGAAAAGCAGGAGUCCGAAUAGCAUUACCAAGGCAGAGCAACACUUCGCUAGUUUGGCAGUCUUGCAAGUCCAUUCAUUCUUUCUAGCUGCCCAUCUCACUGUGCUGCUUGGGCUUACCAGGGUAAGUGAAAGCCUGAGAGGGCCAGCAGGCAGCUUCCUUUCAUGCUUCUGCUCCAUAGCAUUUCAAUGACUUGAAAAUGUUGCACAUCUCCUUAUGCACAGGAGCCAGAAGUGGUCCCCUCAAUGCCGUGUGCUUUCUCGGCCAACAAUGAUUUGCUGUUCUUGGCCAGACACUAAGACAUCCGGGUGAAGCCAGCUUCACAAGCCAAGAGAAAAUGUUUUUGGUCAUUUUCAGCAUUUUUUGGUAACCAAAUUUAAACAUCUGGAAUAAAUGACAAGUGAAGCAAUUCUGCUUUUCAUUCCACCU